AUGGGUAAUUAUCGGUUUAAGCUAUCGGAGUUAAUCCCGAACGCUUGGUUUUACAAACUCAAAGACAUGGGCAAGUCAAGGAAACAACACCACAAAAACAGCACGGUGUCUCCUUCUCCCGUCAAGAAACACCACCCACCUCCCACUCCUUCUACCGCAACGGCACGCAGUCCCAGGCCUCCUCCUAGACGCUCUUCUCACCAUCCAAGACCGUCCGAUACCCCCAGAAAGUCUUCCCGGCUUCGAACUCACCGAGCCACCGUCGACUCGAAGUCCUCUGCUUCCCGGCCGAAUCAACCGCUAGACUUCUCCACCACUUCCGGAGAUAGCACUGCCACCACCAGAACCGGAACGGGUUCUUUCUCGCCGGAGUUUCGUUCUGAUCAAGUCCUCAUCCCUGACGAGUCGUUUAAGACCUCAUUGCACAGCCCUUGCAGCUGCGUAAGCUCCAAACCCGCCGCAGCAACGUUUACGCCGCCGCAAGAACUCGAUCUCCGGCCGAUCAUUACCAAACAGACGAAUAAAACCACCACCGUGCGGAAGACGGCGGUGAGUUCUCCGGCGGGUAGAGUGAGACUCAGGCUACGCUCUCCGCGUAUUUCAACUAGGAAAUCGGUGAGCAGCGGCGCAAGAGGAAACGGGUCUUCGCGGCGGAGCAGGGCCGUGGUGAAGGCGUCGUUCGAUCCGAAGAAAGAUUUCAAAGAAUCAAUGGAGGAAAUGAUCGCAGAGAACAACAUAAGAGCAUCAAAGGAUCUUGAGGAGCUUCUUGCUUGUUAUCUUUGUCUCAAUUCAGAAGAGUAUCACCACAUUAUCAUCAAUGUCUUCAAACAAAUCUGGCUUGAUCUCAAUCUUGCACCCAAAUAA